GGUCAUCAGGCAUUUGGCUGUGGUUCCUUUUAUAUAGCUAAGGUGGAGUCAGCCAAUGGCCUGCAAGCCUGGAAACAUUUGCAGGGCAGUUUCCCUGGACAGCUUUGCAGAGCUGUGCCAUUUGAAUUCAAGCACGCACACACACACACGCACUGUGCUCUCCAUUUCUGGCUUGCCUCCCAGCACAGAGAGUUGAGCUAAAGCUCGGGUUCACUUUUUUCUUCUCACUCUCCUCCCGGCAGCGACAGCUUCUCCAGGCUCUGCUAGUCGGGACUCCCAAGCAAGCAUGGCGGACACCCCUUUGCAAAUCAUUGAGCAGCCUGCUCCUUCCGAGACCUCCGAGGAGCAGGUGGCCGAGGAGCCGAUUAAAUCAGAUCAGAUCAAUGGCGUGAUGGUGCUCACCCUCCUGGACAAGAUCAUCGGGGCGGUGGAUCAGAUCCAGCUGACCCAGACGCAGCUGGAGGAGAGGCAACAAGAGAUGGAUAGCGCAGUGGCCAGCAUCCAGGGGGAACUUACCAAGCUCACCAAAGCACACACCACCACCAGCAACACCGUGAACAAGAUGCUCGAGAAAGUACGCAAGGUGAGCGUCAACGUGAAAACCGUCCGGCAGAACCUGGAGAAGCAAGCCGGGCAGAUCAAGAAGCUGGAGGUCAACGAGGCGGAGCUGUUGAAGCGAAGGAACUUCAAAGUCAUGAUCUACCAGGAUGAAGUGAAGCUCCCGGCCAAGCUGAGCAUCAGCAAGUCUUUGAAGGAGACAGAGAAGGAAGAGGAGGGUGCGGAGGUGCCCGCGGACGAGGACCAUGUGGACGAGGACCGCAUCCAGCUCUCCUCAGACGAGGAGGUGGAGGUUGAAGAGAUCAUCGAGGAGUCCCGGGCAGAGCGGAUCAAGAGAAGUGGCAUGAAGAGGGUGGACGACUUCAAGAAGGCUUUCUCCAAGGAGAAGAUGGAGAAGACCAAGCUAAAGACCAAGGAGAAUUUGGAGAAGACCAAACACAACUUGGAGAAGACCCGGCACAACCUGGAGAAGAGGAUGAACAAGCUAGGCACCAAGAUCGUAACCACUGAGAGGAGGGAGAAGAUGAAAACCUCUCGGGACAAGCUGAAGAAAUCCUUCACUCCCGACCACCCCGUCUACGCCAGGUCCAAGACGGCAGUCUACAAGGUGCCACCCUUCACCUUCUAUGUCAAGAAGAUCAGAGAGGGCGAGGUGGAGGUGAAAGCCACAGAGAUGGUGGAGGUGGGAGGAGAAGAGGCCGAGAACACGGAGCUGCUGAGAGAGGAGAGCCCUGAGAUGCACACGCUGCUGGAGAUCACGGAGGAGUCGGACGCAGUGCUGGUGGACAAGAGCGACAGUGAGUAGGACGGGCGGUGGCACAGGAUGGACGGCUGAACAUGUAACCUUUCACACUGCAAGAUCUCUCUUUGCCCCACGCGUCCCGGGAAACGUGUACCCAAUGUAUCAUUAUUCCUCUGGACGUCCAAGCCGAUCCCCCGCCGUCCUGGACGAGGUGUCGUUUAUAUUUUAGUUUUAGCACACAGAGGAGUUAGGAACACAGGACGGUUUUUCUUACACUCGUUGCGGAGACCAUUCCUGCUAGUGGACCUGUGAGAGCUUGCUAGCCGCCAGGGACCCGGCUGGGAGCGUGCUAAAACCAAGAUAACUGCUGUACACCUGGGAAGAUCCCUCUUUGCAGCUCUCUGAGACCUGAUGUCUAGAAUGCUUUCUGCCUGGCACACUGCCCAGCGCUGGGGAUCCCCCCGUCCAUUUGUCAGCCAGAGCCGCCAUCCCCACAGGCAGACGGGGAAUGCAGGAGCCCAGCCGGCUAGUAGCAGCAGAGAGACAUUUCCCACCCCUGCCCGAACGCCAGCUCCUGGGGCC